AUGAUUGCAGCUACCAGGCGUUGGCUCCGGCGCAAUCAGAACACGAUUUUGAUCGGUACCGGUGUUAUUGGAGCAGGCUACUGGGCUUUUCAAUAUGGAGUGGGCAAGAUCCGAGAGGCAAGAUUGCGGAUGAGCGAGGAGAAGAUUGCAAAGGAGAACCUACGACGACGAUUCGAGCAGAACCAAGAGGACUGCACAUAUACAGUACUCGCACUUCUACCUACCGUACGGGAUGAGAUCGUCGCAGCUCUACCCGUCGAGCAGAUCACCGAGCAGCUCCAACAGGAGAGACAGGAGCGAUUGAAAAGAGUAGGGGCUUCAGAUGCGGCGUCUUCGGAAUACCCUUCAGCUCCGCCGAGCACUGUCGACGACGAUGCCCGGAGUAUGGCAAGUAGCUACAUGCAUACAAGUCAGCUGGCUCAGAGCAGCGCGGAGGGGAGCAAUACCUCAAGACCGAGGCGAAGCAAAGCACAGCUUUGGCAGGACAUGAAGAUACACUCCAUCACUCGCGCGCUGACCCUCAUAUACACACUCUGUCUUUUGACGCUCCUCACUCGCAUCCAACUCAACCUGCUUGGCAGGAGGACAUACCUGUCUUCCGUCGUGGCCCUCGCUUCACCGCCAGCGAUCUCACAAUCAACGAUAUCCCUGGAGAACAAGGAUGACGACAAUUACGACAAUGUGUACGGCAACGAUUUCGAGACAAAUCGGAAAUAUCUCACAUUCAGCUGGUGGCUAUUACAUCGGGGAAGCAAGCAGAUCAUGGAAAGGGUCAUGGCAGCCGUGAAAGACGUGUUUGGAGGAGUGAAUAUUCGUGAGGACAUCUCGCUCGAGCGACUUGCAGAUCUAAUCAUGCAAGUCCGGCGGAAAGUGGAAGGAGAGACCGAAGAGGAGCGAAGAAGCAUGAAAUGGCUGGCAUAUCUUCUCCCACCCCAGGAGGAAGAGACUUUUGUUAUUCGGCAGUCUGGGAUGUCCGAGAGCGACGAGUCGCCAUCGCCGGAGCGGCAGAACUCAGAUCCGAUCGGCGAAGAGUUGAUCAAUGCAUCGCUCCGCCGGUUGUUGGACGAGACGUCGGAUCUGAUCGAUUCACCAACCUUUUCCUUCGUCCUGACUCGUCUGCUAGACGCAGGAUUCUCACACCUCGUCGACUUCCGGAUAGCGACCGAGGCGUUCAAAGCUCCAGGCCCAUCGGCACCAGGCUCUGAGGCUCGCAUUGUGGAGAUACCCGAUACCAAGUGCAAGGUUGCACAUAUUCUCCCCGUUUUCUGCAAGCAAGCUCACAUCAUCUCGAGUGGCAGUGGCGAGCUGGAUGCCAUCGCUGGUGUUGCCGCACAGGAGUCUCUGGGCAAUGAAUAUCUCGCUGCCGUCGACCAGGUUAGCGACCUCGGAGCCUUCGCAGCCGUGAUAUACUCCAGCAAUUUCGAAUACGAGCUUCCUGAAGCAGAAUCGCUCCCGCAGUCCAGCUCUCCGCGCCGUUCGAGAUCUACUAGAAGUCCCGAGCUAUCGCCUGAUUAUGACGAGGUACUGGAGCUCGCAGGAGACAGUUUGCUUGAGGAGAGUGAUGUGCUCGUCCUCAAUCAGGGACAGGAGGCAGUGACGCCGGACGUCGCGGACGGAAUGCCGGGCAGCUUGGAGGCCACGUGGCAGAAGGCCACCUCUUCUGCGGACGGCGAGGAUGCAAUCACCUCUGCAGUGGCGGAAGAAGCGCAACUCCCUGUUCCAAUAAGCGAUGAGCCGAUCGUCAGCGAGAAGUCGGCAGAAGAAAGCACUUGAAGCCUUCGGUGAGUCCUGCUCCAUGUUGAAUAGUGCUUGCUCAGCCACGGCGAAGAUAGGAGCUCUUGUCUCCCUACAUCGAUGAAAUUUU